UACAGUGACCCACUUUCAUCAAGCCGCUGUUUCGGUGUUGGUUUAAACUAGCGGCGCGCGGGGUAUCUUUUGGGUUCAGGAGCAGCGCCCAGGGUGGACCCCUCCACACUUGUCUCUCGUGCCUCGGAGGCGCGCUUCACAAUGGUGGAAAACGAGUUUUUAUCCGCGCAAUGAAUCCUGCAAACGAAACCAGAACCGAAAGAAGUACGGAACAGUACAUUUUCGCAGUUGGAACCUACAAACUUCUCGCUUUUACCAUCGGAACCAUCGGAUUGUUCGGCUUUUGUAAUAAUAUCAUUGUUUUAGUACUGUACUGUAAAUUCAAAAGACUCCGGACGCCCACAAAUUUGCUGCUGGUUAAUAUAAGUUUGAGCGAUUUUCUGGUUUCUGCCAUCGGUAUAAACUUUACCUUCGUUUCGUGCGUCAAAGGCAGAUGGAUAUGGACCCAGGCGACGUGCGUCUGGGACGGCUUCAGCAACAGCUUAUUUGGCAUUGUUUCCAUCAUGACUUUGGCUGCCCUGGCUUAUGAACGCUACAUCCGGGUGGUCCAUGCCCAGGUGGUGGACUUUCCGUGGGCAUGGCGGGCCAUCGCCCACAUCUGGCUGUACUCUUUGGCCUGGACGGGAGCUCCUCUGCUCGGGUGGAACCGCUACACGUUGGAGAUCCAUCGGCUGGGCUGCUCCCUGGACUGGGCGUCUAAAGACCCAAAUGAUACCUCCUUCAUCCUCUUCUUCCUCCUGGCAUGUUUCUUCGUGCCAGUUGGUAUUAUGAUCUACUGCUAUGGGAACAUCCUUUAUACAGUGAGAAUGCUGCUCUCUGUUCACAAGGUUUGCAACUCAGACCAAAGCUUCUCCCCCAGACAAGUCACUAAGUUCUCUGUGUCUCCCAGCGGCAGUGCCUUGCGUGGCAGCUGUGUUCUGCAACAAAUUUCAUUAGGGAAAUGA